GCUCCCGCCGCCGCGUUCCGGUUCCGGCGCGCGGGGCAGGGCGGGAAGCUGGAGGCGGCCAUUAAGGGUGUAGAGCCACAGCACUGCAAACAUGUCGAUUGGAGUGCCAAUUAAAGUCCUGCAUGAGGCUGAAGGCCACAUUGUGACGUGUGAGACCAACACGGGAGAGGUUUACAGAGGCAAACUUAUUGAAGCUGAAGACAACAUGAAUUGUCAGAUGUCCAACAUAACGGUGACGUACAGAGAUGGACGAGUGGCACAGCUUGAACAGGUGUACAUCAGAGGCAGCAAGAUACGGUUUCUCAUUUUACCAGAUAUGUUGAAGAAUGCUCCUAUGUUAAAGAGCAUGAAGAAUAAAAACCAGGGUUCUGGAGCUGGGCGAGGAAAAGCAGCUAUUCUCAAAGCUCAAGUGGCUGCAAGAGGAAGAGGCCGUGGUAUGGGCCGUGGCAACAUCUUCCAGAAGCGGAGAUAAUCUUGGUCUUGACAACAUGUUUUGUUUUAUUGGUUUUUUUUUAUUAGGGGGUAUUAACUUGAUUACACAUGCAUUGGUAUCAGUUUUGUGAAAUAAAUAUUUCUGACAAAAA